AUGGCGCCCUCCUUUGUGCAAACAGUCAUUCCCUCGCUGUUCCUGGCCGCCAUCACAGGCACAAAUGCCCAGAGCCUGGCCCCGACCAACGAUAUCUUGUUUCCCUCCACCCACACGAACAAUAAUCCGCUGGUCUACGCGGGAGGAAAUAGCCCGUACUUUGCAGGCCCCAAUGUCUUUGGGAUCGAUAAUAGCGUGCCCGACAAGUGUACGAUUCAGCAAGCCGCUUAUAUAGUCAGACAUGGUAGCAGAUUUCCCGACUCGGGCUCCUACAAAUCUUGGGUUGCCCUCAGAGACAAGAUCCAAACCGCGGUCAAUGGCACCGGGUUUGAGGCACGAGACUCUUUAGCUUUUAUCUCGGAAUGGAGCCCUGUUCUCACAAAUCCAACGCUGCAAAUAGCACAGGAGUCUAUGACAGGCUGGAAAGAGGCUACGGACCUUGGGUACCAGUUGCGGGCUAGAUAUCCUCACUUUUACCAGGAUGGCAACCCCUUUUAUGCAUGGGCUAACGCCUACACCAACCCAGUCAACAAAUCCCGCGUGGUUCAGACGGCUCGUGCCUUUGUCAAUGGCUACCUAUACGAAUUUGCCGAUACUUAUGGCACGGUGGUCAGUGUCAACUCAACAGGCUCUAUCGGCGCCAUUGGCAACUCCCUGGGGCCUUCAGACAUGUGCCCCGCCUUCUCAGCAAUCUCCAGUGGGGGCAACAAUGUGACAGACUUCGAUGCUACCUGGACCCCACAGGCUCUUCGGCGGAUCAAUGCCAUGGCCAGCAGCAACCUGACAUUCGACGAGUCGGACAUUCUCUUCUUUCCCUAUUUGUGCGGAUACGAAACCCAGAUCACCGGGCGUCUCAGCCCAUGGUGCGGAGUGUUUACCGAGGAAGAGCUACGUAACUAUGCUUACUCGCAGGACUUGAGCUACUAUUACAACGUAGGGCCUGGGUCUGUUGGGCCGGCAAAAGUGCUGUUCCUACCUUUUCUCAACAGUCUGCUGGGUCUUCUGAGUAAGGGACCGGGCCAGAUUGGCACUGAUGCGGAUGGUGGCAACUUUACCGUCCCCAAUCUUAUAAUGGCGUUUUUGAAUGACAACCAGAUUGCUGAGAUAACCGCCGCCAUGGGAAUUUUCGAUGAUGAACCUCUUCUGCUCAUUGACCACGUUCCCGAUUACCAUCUGUACAACAUUGCCCACUGGAUCACCAUGCGCGGCACAGUCGCGUUUGAAAUCCUCAACUGCGAGAUGGAAUCUCGACGCAAAACCUCCAACCAAAUAUAUAUCCGCGUGCUGUUCAACGAUGCGGUCUACCCAAUUGCAAGCUGCCAGGACGGACCAGGUCGAAGCUGCUUGCUUUCAAACUACAUUUCAUUACUUGAGAAGAAGAGCAAGGCGGCGGGAACCUUUGAUGAAUAUUGUAAUGUCACUAUACCUGACCACCCCGAGACUGUUGCUGGAGCAAGCUUCUUUACCGAUCUGUCACUGGACUUUUUGAGUUUCGUUAAACCUUGA